AUGUUCCAGGUUUUUAUGAUCCGUCCAGAUCUCGAAGGGGUGUCGUGCGCCUUCGAGGUAGUGAUUCCAGUGUUCCAAUGCUUUUAUUAUAGCCAAGAGUUCCCGGUCGUGAACAUCGUAAUUUCGCUCUGCUGGCGAAAACGAUCCAGAGAGGAAAGCGACUGGGUGCCAGUCGCCAUCUUUUCCUUCUUGUAG